AUGGCUGUCACUACGGCAGUGCUUGCCAAUAAAGGUUUUGCAAAGAUUUGCGAGGACGACAUCUGGGAAGCUCUAAACGGGCAAAAGGUACGGAAAUGGUUGUUGGAUCAGAAGGAGGAGUUAAGGGAAGAGUAUGAUGAUUUACGCACCAAAAAGAGCCUGAAUGCAUUGCAUGAGGACAGCGACACCAUCGACAAUUUAUGCUCUACGCUCGAGACCAAGGGUCCAGAUAGCCCCGACCCUCCCGCUCCGAAAGUCAAGAUUGUCGUCAACUUGAGCAGUGAUGAAGCUGUUUAA